AUGGCUGCAAAGGUCAAAGUAGUCGCCCAUAACGAAAGCUGCUCGCUAUGCAGAUAUAUACCCCUGGUCGACACCAUCCAAGGUGAUACGGAUGAGGGUUUUGCCAACGUAUUGACGUGUUUGGCAUAUGGUGCUCCAGGAAAUAUACAGAGCUUUACCGAGCUACCCAGUGUUCGCAGAUACAGCAUCGUCAAAGGCAUGAGAGAGGUACAGACUAGUAAGAAAAGACCCAGCCGAAUCCAGCAGAGGCAGAUCUUCACAUGUGCUGCUGAUCCCGCACCCACAAUCUCUUUCAGUUCCCUCCACUUGGGCAUUGGAUCACCAACACGACCUCCGUAUUCAAUCAUCAUCAUGGCCGUCCCCAGCUUGGUCGCCGCUGCUGCCCGGAGGCGGCUUGCAACCUCCGCCAACACUUUCUCCCGAUCACAUCUCGACGUCCCGUCACUGCACGCCACUCGCGUGCUCUCAAGGGUCAAUGUCGCGUCACGAAACUCAGUCCGAGCCUACAGGCCUGCAUCGAUCACUGCUGGCCAGCGACGAGCAAUCUCAGGCACAUCGAGAAAGCGACAAGCGACACCUGCCUCGGAGGAAGACUUCAACCCUUUCGAAAUCGAGCGAGAAUCCGACCAAGUCGAUGUGUGCAUCGUGGGCGGCGGACCAGCUGGACUAUGUGCCGCCAUUCGACUAAAGCAAUUGGCGAACGAGGCGGGCAAUGAAGACUUCAGGGUAUUGCUUUUGGAGAAGGCGGGAGAAAUUGGAGAUCACAUCGUGUCAGGCAAUGUUCUCGAGCCUUCAGCACUUGAUGAGCUACUGCCUGACUGGAGGUCCGAGGAUAAUCCUAACCGCUUCGCCAACAUCACCGCUGCGACUGUCGACAAGAUGCGAUUCUUGACCGAAAAGAGCGCCAUCCCGAUCCCGGCGCCACCUCAGAUGAACAACCACGGAAACUACAUCAUCAGCUUGAACGAGCUUACGAAAUGGCUUGCCGAGCGAGCAGAAGAGAUUGGAGUUGAAAUUUACGCAGGAUUUGCCGCCUCGGAAGUAUUGUACACCAGCGACGGCGCGGUCAAGGGUGUCGCCACCAACGACUUGGGAAUUGGCCGGGAUGGAAAGCCAAAGGACAGCUUCGAACGUGGUAUGGAGUUCCAUGCACGAUGCACUCUUCUUGCUGAAGGCUGCCACGGUAGUCUCACAAAGAAGGUCAUCAAGAAAUUCGAUCUCCGCAAAGAUUCCGAGGUUCAGACCUACGGCCUGGGCAUCAAGGAGGUUUGGGAAAUCGACCCGGCCAAAUUCGAAAAGGGUCUUGUCGCCCACAGUAUGGGUUUUCCGCUCAAAUCUGACACCUACGGCGGAGGAUGGAUGUACCAUUUCGGCGAAAACAUGGUUUCCAUCGGUCUUGUCGUUGGCCUGGACUACCCCAACCCGUGGAUGGCGCCGUACGGCGAAUUUCAAAAGAUGAAGCACCAUCCAUUUUACAGCAAGUACUUGCAGGGUGGCAAGUGCAUCUCCUACGGUGCACGCACGCUGAACGAGGGUGGAUUCCAGAGUAUUCCCAAGUGUGCGUUCCCUGGAGGUGCGCUCAUCGGUGACACUGCCGGAUUCUUGAACGUCCCAAAGAUCAAGGGAACCCACACCGCCAUGCGCAGUGGUAUGCUGGCCGCCGAGGCCGCAUUCUCAGCCGUCAGCAAGAGCUCCGACGAAGAAGGCGCCGUGUUCCUUUACGACUAUGAAGAUUCUCUCCGUAAGAGCAGCAUCUGGACUGAACUGAAAGAAGUCCGCAACAUGCGACCCUCUUUCCACUCUCCUCUUGGUCUCUACGGCGGUAUCAUCUACUCCGGUCUGGAGGCCUUCCUCUUCAAGGGCAAGAUGCCCUGGACCCUCUCGCACGGCAAGAAGGGCGACUCCGGCGCCACAAAGCCUGCUUCCGCAUACCCCAAAAUCGAAUACCCCAAGCCCGACGGCAAAAUCUCCUUCGAUAUCUUGACCUCCGUUUCGCGAACCGGUACCAACCAUGAGGAGGAUCAACCCUGCCAUCUUCAAGUCGCUGAUUGGGACAAGCACGCUGAAGAGCACUAUCCCAAGUACCAAGGUGUUGAGAACCGCUUCUGUCCCGCGGGUGUCUACGAGUAUGUUGAGGAUGAGAGCAAGCCUUUGGGCGUACGCUUCCAGAUCAACUCGCAGAAUUGUGUGCACUGCAAGACUUGCGACAUCAAGGUUCCUGGUCAGGACAUUACAUGGCAGACACCUCAGGGUGGCGAGGGACCAAAAUAUGUCAUGACCUAA